UAGGGUGCAGCCAUUACUUACUGGGGGAGACGGCAAAUAUGUAGGGGGUGUUCCGGAAGUUCCGUUUCUGUGUACCGGAAGUUGUUAAAGUUAUUAGUUUAUGAUCACCAAUUAUGUAAUAUGUAAUGAGUAAUAGGAUCGCGUAUCAUUGUACCAGGCACGGGAUGAACUCGUGAGAGAGAAAACAGAUUGUAAGAGAGAUUGAGAGCUGAUUCGAACAAAGGGAGAAGAAAGUCGGAGAUCGUGAUAACCGAGUGUUGUUUGGUUCGAAACAUUACCAACACAUGGUCCUUCGAGCCGGAAAGAAGAUGAGUGGGCAGUUAUUCCUGAUAAAGAAAGUGCGUGGAGCUCAUAGAGGAGCAGCAACAAAGUUGAUUAGAAAGGUAAAUGAGAUCUUGGAUCUUAAAAAACACAGCGAAGAUGAGAAGUUAGCGAUCCGCCAGCACCGAGACAGCGCCAAAGAAAAGGCAGAGACCCUUCGCGCACUAGACGAUGAGGUCGGCGGAGAAAGAAGAUACCGAAGAGCUCGAGGCAAUCAUAACGGAGGGCGAUGAGAUGCAGGCGAGACUGCACGAGGUUAUCCACAGGAUGGAGGGGUUAAUGGCACUGUGGGAUCAACCCGCAUCCCCAGCGAUCAGCCCGCCUAGCUUGCCUAGCUCACCGGCAAGGUCUUCUACCUCGACUUAGGCGAGAGUGAGGGCAAGGCUACCUAAGCUUGAAGUGCCGAAAUUUGGUGGCAAAAUACAAGAAUGGCCGGAAUUAUGGGACUCCUUUGAGAGCGCAAUUGAUAGCAAUGAGGCGCUCGCGGACGUAGAUAAGUUCGCUUAUCUAAAGGGGUUACUGGUAGAAGAGGCGAAACAGACCAUUGCUGGUUUCGCGAUGACCGCGGCAAACUACUGCGCUGCUAUCGAAAUACUUUGCAAGCGAUAUGGCAAAACCGGUCGCACAUUAACGACCUACUUAACCUGUCGCCUGUUUUUAACGAUGGGGACUUAACGAGGCUGAGGCGGUUCUACGAUGUAGCGGAGACGCAUUUCCGAGGGCUAGAUGCUCUUAAUGUAAAUGAAACAAGUUAUUCGGGGAUCUUGGUACCGUCCCUGCUUUUAAGAAGUUGCCGAACUCGUCCUGGUUCACAAUCACUCGUGGAUACCAAGACUUCAUGUCAUGGAGUAUGGAAAGACUGUUGGCUGAGAUACGAGCGGAGGUAGAGCUGAGAGAAGAGCACAAGCCGAUUUCUUCUGGGGCAAGUAAUAAGAAACCACAAGACGGUAUGCAAAGGCAAACAAGCGGGAGCGCAUUAUUUGUUGAAGCUAAUGGACAGGGGACGUGUGUUUAUUGUCUUGGAAAACACAAGUCAGAGAACUGUGAGAAAUUCAAGUCACCGGGAGAGCGAACGAAGAUCUUGGUCAAGCUAGUGGCCAAACAGAAACGCCACAGCAGGAACGGGGGGAGAGCGAGCAAGCGGGAGAAGCUAGUUCACAUCACGUAACUUCGGGGUUUGCGGAGAGUUUUCAUGUUGGCUCUGGUACGCGCAUAGCUUUACAAACAGCGCAGGGCAUUGUUAGCUGGGAAGGGGGCGUAUCAGCUAGGACAAGGUUUUUGUUUGACGCCGGAAGUCAUCGCUCAUUCAUCACGGCGUCGGCAGCGCGCAAAGCCAAACUUUCUGUCGUUAGGCGUGAAUGGCUUUGUAUUAACGCGUUUGGUCAGCGCGACCAGAAAGGCACGCUCAGAGAGGUGGUAGAGUUUAAUGUAAGUCCUGUAAAUGGAGGUGCUAGCAUUAAUGUGCAGGCGUUCGUAGUGCCAGAGAUUUCCAGCAUACCCAAUGGUCAUGUAGAGUUAGCUAGAGAUCGGUUUCCGCAUCUCAAAGGUUUAUGGUUCUCAGAUGUGAAUAGGAAUGAGGAAAGACUAGAAAUAGAGAUUUUAGUUGGAGAGGAUUAUCUUUGGCAUUUUCAGAAAGGACGAGUAAUUCGAGGCAAAGUAGAGGAACCCGUCGCCAUAGAGACAGAGUUAGGAUGGGUAUUGUCAGGCCCUAUGACAGUAGAUAGUGAAUGUGUAGAGAAUGUACAGAUAGUACAGUCUAAUUUGUUAGUCCAAGACCGGUCAGCAGAGCAAUCAGACAGUUUGGAGAGUGAGAUAGCGAGACUGUGGGAUUUAGAGACUCUAGGUUUUAGAGAGACACAGGGAGUACAGGAAGAAUUUCUGGAUAACAUUUGUUUCAAUGGAGAGAGGUAUUCGGUUAAGUUACCAUGGAAGGUCAACCACAGAUCGUUACCUACUAAUUACGAAAACAGCCUAGGACGCCUUCAUGGCACAAUGAAAAAGCUAAGGCAAGAGCCAGAAGUGCUAGACCAGUACGAGGCAGUAAUCAAGGGUCAGUUAGAGUCGGGAGUGAUAGAGCCGGUUCAUGCGUUAGAAGAUGGUAACAAGAUCCAUUACUUACCACAUAGAGCGGUAGUGCGUAGGAAUGUUGCUACUAGUACACCGGUAAGAGUGAUCUAUGAUGCGUCGGCGAAGACAGGUAAAAGGGGCCUGUCGCUCAACGACUGUUUACACGUUGGACCGUCUCUCAACCCCCUCCUAUUUAAUGUGUUGCUGAGAUUUCGUCUCCACAGGGUAGCCCUUAUAGCAGAUAUCGAAAAGGCUUUCUUGAAUAUCGAGGUAGACCCUGGAGACCGAGAUUGUUUACGAUUCCUUUUCCCAGAGGACCCGAGAAGGGAGGAUUCCGUAAUCAAGGUAUACCGGUUUUGUAGAGUAGUGUUUGGUUUGAACGCCUCGCCAUUUCUAUUGAAUGGAACCUUGAGGCACCACCUCUUGAAGUUUAAAGAGAUAGAUCCUGAGUUUGUAGAGAUGUUAGUCGACAGUUUUUAUGUAGAUGACUUAGUGACAGGGAGUAACACCCCGGAAGAGGCGUAUGAAUUAUACGUGAAGUCCAAGUCGAGAUUGGCAGAAGGUGGGUUUAACCUGCGCAAGUGGCAGACUAACGAUAGCGAGCUCAGAGGUAGGUUGGAUGUAGGCGAAGGGAGAUGUAUGCCAGGUAGUCAAGAAGGUGUGGCGCGUGGUAAGACUAGCCAAGGCGUGGCCAGCGACUGGGAUAUUCAGAAGGUAUUAGGCCUACCCUGGAAUAGCAGUAGUGACACUAUAGGACUCACAUUUGGCCACCUGUAUGAUAAGGCGCAACAGUCGCCAGCGACGAAGAGAAAUGUGCUCAGUGUUCUUGCAGGUAUGUUCGAUCCCCUAGGAAUAGUAAGCCCAGUAACUGUAGCUGCAAGAAUCCUUUUUAAGACCCUGUGUAGAAUUACCGAGUUAACCUGGGACGAGGAAUUGACUGGAGAGGUAAGGAAAGAGUGGGAGGCCUAGGUUAAAGACCUGGGAACUUUGAUGAGUGUUGAAGUACCUCGGUGCGUAAUGGACACGUCCGACCGUAAGGUGCAGAUUCACGGGUUUGCUGAUGCAAGUCGUAAGGCGUACUGUGCCGUCGUAUACCUCGUAUACGACGUUAGGGGAGAGAGGCAAGUAAGGUUACUUUGCAGCAAGACUAGAGUGGCCCCCCUUAAGGAGAUGACAAUCCCCAGGUUAGAGCUAAUGGCCGCGUUAAUCCUUGCCCGUCUAGUCAGCCAUGUUAAAGAAGCACUAGGCACACUCAUUGAAGUAGAAAGGGAGGUGUACUGGUCAGAUAGAAAAACAGUGUUAUACUGGUUGGCGAACAAAGGUGAGUGGAAACAGUUCGUUAAACACAGAGUAGAUGAAAUUUUGCAGCUGACUAGGAACGGUGAGUGGAGGCAUUGCCCGGGAGAACAGAACCCGGUCGACAUUGGGUCACGGGGUGCACUCGCCUGCAAACUCAAGAGUAGUGCACUGUUGUGGAAUGGCCCACACUGGCUGACUGGUCACGAACAGGGAUGGCCAGCAUUACAGAUCCAGAGAACGCCAGCUGGGGCGGAAGAGGAGAAGGGCACUGUAAGUAUGGUGGUCAACACCAGAGUACGAAGAGUGACAUAUCUAGUGUAAUCAACCCUAACAAUUUCAAUAAUUGUAGCAAGUUGUUCAAGGUAACAGCGUAUGUUCGGAGAUUCAUGCACAAUGUUAGGGCAGAGAAAGUAGAAGACAGGAUGACAGGCAGGUUAUCUAGAGAGGAGAUGACGAACGCAGAGCUAGAGUGCACAAAGUGAGCACAAGUAGACUUGACGCAACAAGCGACGUUUAAUCAGGUGACCAAGCAGCUAGAUUUAGUAGAAGAGACAGGCUUACUUAGAUGCAGAGGGAGACUGGGUAGUUCCGAGCUUCCGACAGACGCUAGAAUGCCCAUAGUAUUACCGAGAGAUCACAAGCUGACAGAGCUGGUUAAACCAGACUGCCUAUAGUAUUACCGAGAGAUCACAGGCUGACAGAGCUGGUUAUACUAGACUGCCCAUAGUAUUACCGAGAGAUCACAGGCUGACAGAGCUGGUUAUACUAGACUGCCCAUAGUAUUACCGAGAGAUCACAGGCUGACAGAGCUGGUUAUACUAGACUGCCAUAGUAAGUUACACCACAGUGGUGUAAGCGGCACCUUAGCGCAGUUGCGGACAAGGUUCUGGGUUCCGAAAGGUCGACAAGUUGUGAAGAAGAUAGUGCAUAGGUGUGUCACGUGUAAGAAGCUAGAAGGCAGGGCAUACGCGCCGCCUCCCGUGGCGGAUUUACCAGGCUUUAGAGUCACGCAGGCAGAGCCAUUCUCCAAAGUAGGAGUAGACUUUGCAGGUCCUCUCUAUUACAAGAGUAGUACAGGCAUGAUGCAGAAUGCGUAUGUGGCACUUUUCUCGUGUUGCGUGACACUAGCAUUGCAUCUCGAUUUAGUGGUAGAUUUAGAGGCUUGUACUUUCAGGAGAUCCCUUAGAAGGUUUGCAGCCAGGAAGGGAGCUCCAACGCUGAUAGUGUCAGACAAUGCGAAAACGUUCAAAGCCGCAGCAAAGGCCCUAAAGGAGCUAUAUGACCACCCGGAGGUACAAGCCUAUUUAAAGGUCAACAGAGUAUCUUGGCAAUUUAACCUAGAGAAGGCUCCAUGGUGGGGUUGGGUUUUACGAGAGAAUGGUAGGAAGCGUCAAGCGGUGUUUGAGGAAGACCUUGGGCGAGGCACGAUUGACCUAUGAUGAGCUAAUUACAGUUUUGGUGGAGGUCGAGAGCACACUGAACGACAGGCCGCUUACAUAUGUGUACGAUGAGGUCGGAGAGGUGGAGCUUAUACCAGCCCAUCUAAUGUAUGGCAGACGACUAAAUAGCUUUCCAGACGAGCUAGUAGAGCCAGACGAUGUAGCAAAUCCAGACCACAACAGUCGGUUUAGGUAUGUAAGUGCUAAACUCUCCCAUUUUUGGAAGAGAUGGAGUAAGGAGUAUCUAGCUAGCUUUCGAGAGUUUCAUCGUAGUAGUCCUGUCAGCUGGCAUAGGGAGACAGUUCAAGUAGGAGAUGUAGUGACAGUGCACGAGGAUGGCAGUAAAAGGAGUCAGUGGAAGAUGGCGACCAUCUCGCCUGGACAGACCAGUCCAGAGACUCUACCCCAUAGAAGUUAGGUGCGCGGACUCGACAGUGAAUCGCAGCGCGUGCGCGGACAGGAGCGUGCAUACCAGAGCCAGGUCCACUCGAGCCGCAGCAUUGCACGCGCAGAAUAGAAUCGCGAUCGGGGCUUUGCUUGACUCCUAAGAGUCAAGGGGGGGGGGGGGGGGGGGUGCCGGAAGUUCCGUUUCUGUGUACCGGAAGUUGUUAAAGUUAUUAGUUUAUGAUCACCAAUUAUGUAAUAUGGAAUGAGUAAUAGGAUCGCGUAUCAUUGUACCAGGCACGGGGUGAACCCGUGAGAGAGAAAACAGAUUGUAAGACAGAUUGUAAGAGAGAUUGAGAGCUGAUUCGAAUAAAGGGAGAAGAAAGUCGGAGAUCGUGAAAA